AUACUUAUAAGCUUACAGUCAAAUUUAAUACGGUUUGGCAGUAAACUAAUUGAAGUCAAAAAAUUAUUAGCUGUGCGCACACAUUCACCUGUAUAAUAAAUAUGCCCUGCUUGAAAUAAAUACGCUUUGGCUCAGAUUUAUUAAACUUUUGCAUUCAAAUAGAAAUAAACAAAUUAAAAUGGCUGCCGUAACAGAUCAAGAAUGGUCAGAGUACAAAGAUAAAUUUAAUAAAAAAUACGCUGAUGAUGAAGACAAAAUGCGUCGUGAUAUUUUUGUUAAGUCCAAGGUAAAAAUAGAGGAACAUAACAAAAAAUAUGAAAAUGGAGAUGUUUCUUAUAAAAUGGCUAUUAAUCAUUUAUCUGAUUGUACGGCAGAUGAGAUGGCCAAACGUUGUGGCAAGCGAGUUGCCCCAACAUCUCCACAGUUUGCCGAAUAAUACCUGUGUACAUACAUAUACAAAUAAAUUUUAUUUACAUAUUUUUGUAUAAAUAAAUUGAUUUUAUUGUGCUCCGGCAUUUUCCGUA